GUCAUUCGCGGGAAGUCCGCGCGAGGACGCGAAAUGAGCGAGUGCGGCGCCGUGAUUCUUCUGACAAGGAGCCGAAACAACAACAACAAACAAACAACUAAACAAAUAAACAAACAAACAGCCGCCCUCUGCCUUCUGUUGGAUUAUAAUGGAUUUAACCUAAACACAAGAGGAGGAACACCGGCUCCAGCGGCUCGGUCUAAGCGGACACACGGCGGAGCAUGAGCGCGUUCUGCGGAGUCUCGCGGCAGCGGCGCUCGCGCAGCAGCACCGAGGCCACAGCGGCGCGCGGCGCUGCCAGAUGUGCGGCUAGCGCGCGGAUUAGCCUCGCAGCGGCGGGAAGAAAAGCGCUGGUUUUCGUGACACCUCGCUUUUCCGAGACUUAACGCGCUCUCCGGGCGAAUAUCUGCGGGCUCGGGGCCGCAGCGGGUUAAAGUUGUUUUAAAUUCGGGGUUAAAAGCGGCCCGUUUAGCCUGACCGCGGCCAGCUAGGUUAGCUAGCUAACUGGGCUAAUUAGUGUGUUUUUUGGCCACUUAGCCGAUGAGCUAACGCGCGCGAGGCUGAAAAACCUCCAAAAAGGCGCGAAAUUCGCUAAGCAAAAAACUUUUAGACAAGUUUUGAAGCCUAGCUUAAACGGGCCGUGGUUGAUUUUUGUGAAUAUAUCAUUUAAAUGUUUAUUUUUUGGCUGGGCUCUGUAGGUUAGUCCAGCUAACUGACUUCACCUAAGUUAGUUCGCUAGCCGGAGGACCGCAUCAGCCCUUCCGUGGCUGGUUAGGGCGGUUGUUGUCGGUGUGACCCCGAUGCGGACGGUCUGGUCCUCGUCCACGGCAUCGCGGGGGCUCCGCCGCAGCGCAGCGCAGGCAUGCAGCCGCAGCACGGCUAUGAUUUCUCCAGCGAAGAGAACAGCCCCAAAUGGCGAGGCCUGUUCGUGCAGGCGCUGAGGAAGGUGCAGUUGCAGGUGCAUCCGAACCUGUCUGCUAAAGAGGAUGCCCUGCAGCACAUAGAGGAGCUUAUACUGCAGCUUCUGAACAUGCUUUGUGUCAGCCAGCCCAGAACUGUCCCUGAUGUGGAGGAGCGUAUCCAGAAGACGUUUCCAUACCCCAUUGAUAAAUGGGCAAUGGCAGAUGCUCAGUCAGCCAUAGAAAAACGUAAACGCAGGAACCCUCUACUGCUUCCUGUGGACAAAAUCCACCCAUUACUUAAGGAGGUGUUGGGCUAUAAGAUCGACUACCAUGUCUCCCUUUACAUCGUAGCUGUUUUGGAGUACAUAUCAGCUGACAUCCUCAAACUGGCAGGAAACUAUGUGGGCAACAUUCGGCACUAUGAAAUUAGCCAGCAGGACAUCAAGGUGUCCAUGUGUGCAGACAAGGUGCUAAUGGACAUGUUUGACCAAGAGGAGGUGGGGUUGGUGUCUCAAUGUGUAGAGGAGGUCUCCUCCACAGGUGAGCUCACCUAUGAUGACUUGGUGCGCCUGGAGAUUGCAGAGGAGCGGCAGUACCUGCGUGAGCUCGACCUCAUUAUCAAAGUUUUCCGCAAAGCCUUUCUGUCCAACAGCAAACUCUUCACACCUCAGGAUGUGGAAGUGGUGUUUAGUAAUAUUCUGGAGGUUCAUGAGCUGACAGUAAAGCUGCUGGGGUUGAUAGAAGAUGCGGUAGAGAUGACCGCAGACGGGAGUCCACACCCUCUGGUGGGCAGCUGCUUUGAAGACCUCGCUGAGGAACAGGCCUUUGACCCAUAUGAGACCCUUUCACAGGACAUUCUUCGCAGAGAGUUUCAUGACCAUUUUAGCAACCUCAUGUCCCGUUCCACUGUAGCACUGCACUUCCAGUCGAUUGCUGAAGGUUUCAAGGAGGCUGUGCAGUAUGUUCUCCCACAGCUGAUGAUGGUUCCUGUUUAUCAUUGUAUGCACUACUUUGAACUCCUCCAGCAACUGCAGGAGCGCAGCGAGGACCAGGAUGACAGGGAGUGUUUAAAACAGGCUCAAACUGCCCUCCUGAUCUUGCAGAGCAGCGUUGAGCGUAUAUGUGGAAAAAAACAGCCCCGGCGCAAAACUAGCGAGCCGCUGUACCGGUUGUACAGCAGGCCAGUCCGCAGUAAACAAGUUGCUAUAAAGCGUAUGAACGAGAUCCAGCGGAGCAUAGACGGCUGGGAGGGGAAGGACAUCGGUCAAUGCUGCAGCCAGUUCAUCCUAGAGGGGCCGCUGGUGCGUGCAGGGGCAAAGCAUGAGCGGCAUAACUUCCUGUUUGAUGGCCUUAUGAUUAGCUGCAAGGCUAAUCAGUGCUCUCGGCUGCCAGGGACGGGCAGCGGAGCAGAGUUUCGCUUGAAGGAGAAGUUUGUGCUGCGCAAGUAUCGGAUCGUAGACCGUGAUGAUUCAGGUGAGCUGCGAUUUGCCUUUGAGUUGGUCGGCCGUGAGGACAGCAGUGCCAUCUUUUGCGCCCGCUCAACAGAGGAGAAGAACGCAUGGAUGGCUGCACUGGUGACACUGCAGUACCGCUCCACACUGGAUCGUAUGCUGGACACUGAACUGCAGCGAGAGGAGCAGGCACAGCCCCUUCGGCUGCCUUCUCCUGAGGUUUACCGCUUUACUGUGCAGGACUCGGAAGAAAACAUUGUUUUUGAGGAGCACACGCAGAGCAAGACCGGAAUACCUAUCAUUAAAGCUGGUACUGUGGACAAACUCAUUGAGAGACUCACAUACCACAUGUAUGCAGAUCCAAAUUUUGUGCGCACAUUCUUGACGACAUAUCGUUCCUUCUGCAAACCACAGGACCUCCUCACGCUGCUCAUUGAAAGGAUUGAGAUUCCGGAGCCGGAGCAGUCGGAGGAACAUUUGCAGGCACUGUGGAAUGGAGAUCAACCUAUGGCAGCCGAACUCCAGAGAUUCCGACGAGAAUAUGUGCAACCUGUGCAGCUCAGGGUUCUGAAUGUGUUCCGUCAGUGGGUGGAGCAUCAUUUUUAUGACUUUGAGAAUGAUCCAGAAUUACGCUUUAGGCUUGAGGAGUACAUCACCAGCACCUUACAGCUCAGAGGCAAGUCCAUGCGUAAGUGGGUGGAGUCCAUUAAUAAGAUAAUUAAGCGGAAGAUACAGACACAGACGAAUGGUGUAAGCCACAACAUCACCUUUGAAAGCCCUCCGCCUCCUAUAGAGUGGCACAUCAGCCGUCCUGGACAGGUUGAAACCUUUGACCUUAUGACCCUUCAUCCAAUUGAGAUUGCUCGCCAGCUCACCCUGCUGGAGUCCGACCUGUACAGGGCUGUCCGUCCCUCUGAGCUGGUGGGCAGUGUGUGGACAAAAGAAGAUAAGGAGAAGAACUCUCCAAACCUGCUAAGGAUGAUAAGACACACCACCAACCUCACACUGUGGUUUGAAAAGUGCAUUGUUGAGGCUGAGAAUCUGGAUGAGAGAGUAGCUGUGUUUACACGGAUUAUUGAGGUUCUGCAGGUGUUCCAGGAGCUCAACAACUUCAACGGUGUCUUAGAGAUUGUGAGUGCCAUCAACUCUGUCCCAGUGUAUCGCCUUGACCACACAUUUGAGGCAGUUCCAGAAAGGAAGAGGAAGAUUCUAGAGGAAGCAGUUGAGCUCAGUCAGGAUCACUUUAAAAAAUACCUGGCCAAGCUUAAGUCCAUCAACCCACCCUGUGUGCCUUUCUUUGGUAUCUACCUGACAAACAUUCUAAAGACAGAAGAGGGAAACCCAGACUUUCUGAAGCGUCAUGGCAAAGAGCUGAUCAACUUUAGCAAGAGGCGUAAAGUGGCUGAAAUUACUGGGGAGAUUCAGCAGUACCAGAACCAGCCGUACUGCCUCCGAGUGGAACACGACAUUAGAAGGUUCUUUGAGAAUCUGAAUCCCAUGGGCAUUAUGAGUGAAAAAGAGUUUCCUGAGUAUCUGUUUAACAAAUCUCUGGAAAUUGAGCCACGGAACUGCAAACAGCCUCCACGAUUUCCCAGGAAGACGACGUACAGUCUAAAGUCCCCUGGGGUACGUCCUGUGCGGCAAGCAUCCAGCAGUGGUGGGACAGCGCGGGUUCACCCGGUACCAUUAGAGCGAGAACCACCGCAUAAAAUAACAUUCAGGAGCAUCGCAGAGACUGAGGCAGAGAGCACCACCUCACUGCCCACAUCACCAAAUACACCCACACCUCCACAAAGCGCUAGCUCAGACCUUUCCUCUGUCUUUAUGGAGCACGACCCCAGCAGCACCUAUGGUAACAACAGCAUAUUUGCACCUGUUAUUCUGCCACCUUCAAAAUUCCACUCUGUGUCCUGUGGCAGUCUCCAUCAGUUGGGUGAUGAGCCUCUUAGACCUCCACCAUUGCCUCCUCGCAGAAAAGACACAUUCUCAGAUACCAAGUUGAGCUCCAGGUCUGAGGACAGUCCUCCUGCCAUCCCUCCACGGUUACCUCCUCCCCUUCCCCGCUUGCAGCCACGGGUCCCUGCUUUUAACGGCCCGGCAGACGGUCCCUUACCGAGCCCCCCACCUCCACCGCCCCGCGACCCUAUCCCGGAUUCACUGCCCCCACUGCCACAGCGCCCUCCGGAGAGCUUCAUCAACUACCCCAUCAACUCUGCUGUGUCUCCAGUUGGGCGGAUUCAGUGGGACUUUAGCAGCUCGCCCAGCUCACCCUGCACUCCACCUGGCACACCCUCUCCCCGCUUAGUGCCCCCUCCUGGCACUCCCUCACCUCGCGUGCCACGUCGCUCAUGCCCGCUCAGCUCCAGUCAGACCAGCCUAUGCCACCUGCCUCUGCCCACCACAGCGCCUCCCGUACCUCCUCGACACAACUCCACCUCAGCGCUCCCCAAACUGCCUCCAAAAACUUACAAAAGAGAGCUUUCUCACCCUACACACACACUCUCCCAGCCACCCAUACACACACUUUCCCAGCCUUCAAUACACACACUUUCUCUGGUGGAUAACACAGACAGCAGCCAGUGAGAGCUGACAGCAUGUUGUUCAUCAAUGCUUGUGUUGGUGUGUGUGUGUGUGUGCGACUGUGUGUGUUUAUGUAAAUAUAUGCAGAGUGGAACGUCAAUCUAAAACCACGUUGUUGUUUUUUUUUUUGUUGUUGUUUUUUUUUUACUUUAAACACUGUUCACACCAAACAGAUUUUUAUAAUAACAUACAAAACAUGAUAAGGCUGCCGAAGUCAGCACACCAGAGUUACAGCCUAUACGCAUGGAGCUGCACCCACAGCAGGCCUCACUCACUGGAUGUUCCUCCCACAUGUGGAUCUUAAAAAAUGAACCCCAGUUGUCCUGAUUACUCCUAAUGAGAAUCAUUCAAGACAUUUUUAGCGUCUAUAGUUCUGUCUCUAGUUUUAUAUUGGAGCUAAAAGGCUAGUUUAGCUAAGUUGUUUUCACUUGCCACAUUUUCAAAAGGGAAUAACAGUUUUUCAGAAUUCUCUGUCAACAAACUCAUUCAGAGUGAGUGGUGUCCAGUCCAAAUUGUUCACAGUGGUGAUGAAUUGAACCACAAUUCCAAGAUGUAUAGAGAAUUUAACAAUCUGACACAUUUUGGCCCAAUCCCAUUUCACCACUUGGUGUUUUGUAUUUUGUUAGUUUAGGAAAGUAUUUUCCUAAAUCAAUGACCUAUAUUACCAUAGUUUAAUGUAUAGUUUCAAUGUUUUGUGACCAUUUCCUUUAUAACAAGCAUAAACAAUUACUUUGUCUCUGUAGCUUGCUUGCUGACUUUUUUGUUUGACCUAAAAUGGUGCAACAAAUGCUGCAGCAUUUAAGGUGAAACAGAAAAAUAAAAGAAAAUGAAAGGUUAUUUCUGCUCCCCAUCAGAAGAAUUAAGGAAUGGACAACAAUAUUUAAUUGCUGCACCACCUGCCCCCUUUCUGAAGAAAUAUGAUGCCAUACAAUUGCAGAACAUUACCCCUCCACUACAUCGGUGUCAGGUGCUUGAAGGCUUGUCCAAAUUCUUAGGAGUAGGAUUUUACCCUUACCCCUUCGUAGCUCUGUUCAAAGGUGAAGAAGGGUUAUACUUGGAAAAAUAAGGAGUAGGGGUACAAAAGAGAAAUGGAAUUGGCCCCUGUUCUAAAUGUGAUGUAAGUUUUCAUGCUUCCAUUUCCAAACAGUUUCAGAGGCAAACUAAAGACAGCAAACAUGUCUUGGCUGUGCAAAUUAGAUUUUUGCCUAACUUUUUCUUGUUGAACUCAAACACACUCACACGCUCUCACACUCUCUUGUGCUGCUGCUUCUCGAGGCCUUUAUACGUGCUCCAACUCCACACAGCAAAGCACCAUGGCCAAAGUUGAACUCUCACUGCAUACAGAAAGAAAGGUGAUUGACCCUUUGUAAUUUAGAUUGUACACUAUAGGACAACGCCAUGGCAACCACAGCACGCCUCUCUUCAGCUGCCUUUUUGCUUAAAACAGCCAUGACCUACGACCUGAGACUGUGACGUUCAGGUGAAUUAAUCUUGUUGACUCUGAAUCGUCAGAGGCUGAACUGUUUUUAUUUUUAUUUAAAGCCAUUUAAAAGCCAAGAUGAUGUCUUAAACUCCCAUAUACCGCAAGAAUGGUGGGUUCUGCUGUCAAAACACUACAUUUCCCACCGUGCUGACCUACUACACCAGGAACCAGUGGAUUCUUUUUGCGAUUCACUGCGAUUGUCAGUGUCCAAAAUGGAAAUGGAGGAGGAUUUUAUAGACUGUUGAUGAUGAUAAUGAUUUUCAGCCCCAAUCUCAGACGUGCCUUUAAUUUCACUCACACUGUUACUGAACAAACCAAAAGGCUUAAAUUGAGUCUAACGAAUCAUUUGCCUUCAUGCUUAGAACAAAGUUGUACACUACAGCUGCGUGUGUAUUUGCGUGUGUGUGUGUAUGAAUGUGUGUUGACUAACUGAGUUUUCUGUAUAAAGUGUUUCUAUUCUUGAA